GAGGCGAGGGAGCAGGGCGGGCGGAGGAAGGACGAGAAGGGAACCGGCAGGCCUAGCAACGAGGAGGCGGCGGCGGCGGCGUGGGCAUGGAGGCCCUUCGCGUCCUGGAGCUGUACAGCGGCAUUGGAGGCAUGCACCAGGCGCUGAGAGAAAGCUGUAUACCUGCACGAGUGGUGGCUGCCAUUGAUGUGAACACUGUCGCUAAUGAAGUAUACAAGUAUAAUUUUCCUCACACACAGUUACUGGCCAAGACAAUUGAAGGCAUUACGCUAGAAGAGUUUGACAAAUUGUCUUUCAAUAUGAUUUUAAUGAGCCCUCCCUGUCAACCAUUCACCAGAAUUGGCCUGCAAGGUGAUGUGACUGAUCCAAGGACGAAUAGCCUCUUAUAUGUUCUAGGUAUUCUCCCAAGAUUACAAAAAUUACCGAAAUAUAUUCUUUUAGAAAAUGUUAAAGGCUUUGAACUCUCUUCUACAAGAGACCUGUUAAUACAAACAUUAGAAAAUUGCGGUUUUCAGUACCAAGAAUUUCUAUUAUCUCCAACCUCUCUUGGCAUUCCAAAUUCAAGGCUCCGGUAUUUCCUUAUUGCAAAGCUUCAGUCAGAACCAUUACAUUUUCAAGUCCCUGGUCAGGUACUGAUGGAGUUUCCCAAAAUUGAAUCCGAACAUCCAGAAAGAAAUACAAUAGAUGCAGAAAAUAAAAUUGAAAGAAAGAAAAUUGAACCUAGUAUUUGCUUUGAUAAGAGCAGACAACGUUCUGGAAAAGAGGCCAUUCUUUUUAAGCUUGAAACUGUAGAAGAAAUUGAUCGGAAACAUCACCAGGACAGUGAUCUCUCUGUGCAGAUGCUAAAAGAUUUUCUUGAAGAUGAUAUUGAUGUGAAUCAGUAUUUUUUACCGCCAAAGUCAUUGCUGCGAUACGCUCUUUUGUUAGACAUUGUUAAGCCCACUUGCAGAAGGUCCACAUGCUUUACCAAAGGUUAUGGAAGCUAUAUAGAAGGGACAGGAUCUGUGUUACAGACGACAGAGGAUGUGCAGAUUGAGGAUAUCUACAAAUCCCUUACCAAUUUGUCACAAGAAGAAAAGAUAACAAAAUUGUUAAUGCUUAAACUUCGAUAUUUCACUCCUAAAGAAAUAGCAAAUCUCCUUGGAUUUCCUUCAGAUUUCGGAUUUCCUGAGAAGAUAACAGUGAAACAGCGUUAUCGUCUACUUGGAAAUAGUCUCAAUGUGCAUAUAGUAGCUAAACUAAUCAAAAUCCUAUAUGAAUAAUUUAAAAUGACUCUGAAAGAUGGUCACAUUAUUUCUUCAUAGCCAGAUGGUAAUUCUGAAAUUCUAUUUUGCAUUGAUUUUGAUGAAAUUCAACCCAACUACCUUUAUCUCUUUAAAAAGAAAUUUGGAUUUAUCAUAAAAAUGCCAGUUUUUUUCCUAAAUUUAUAUUACUAUAUUUUAUAAAGCAGAAAUUAUUAUUAUGCUUUAGGAGAAUAUAUUUUCAUAUGAAAUUGCUAAAUAUACACAUAAAAUAUUCUCUUUUUAAUAUUAUGGUAUCGACAAAUUUAGGAACAUUGGAGUUUGUCUACAUUAUCUUAUGAAGUGUCAUGACAGGCAUAGUAUAGUGAACCUGAGAUAUUAUGUUUUUGUAUGUUAAUUUAACAAAUUGCUUUAUGAA